UGUGUGGGACUCAAUCGUAUCUCUGCCUCCAUGGACGCCCGUCUAAUCCAACUCAUUCGUUUUUUCGGGGAAUAUUUCUGUCCUGGCCGCGAGGAGCACCAGUUAAAUGCGAUGACACACGUCAAGAAAUGAGCGGCGAUCCCACGAAAGGUUUACUGAACGCCAAACAAUCGGCAGAAUAUUCUUUAAAGGGAGCCAGUGCGUUUGAAGAGGAUGAAGUACGACUCCGGCAUCUUUCUCACUUGAUCAUCUUUCUCACUUUCUCACCAUACAGAACGUCAGUUCACUUCAGAUUCCUAAUGGGAACGCAUUAGGACUUUGAAUUCGAAUUUAAAUGCUCAUGAACUUCCAUACACACACCCCGGUCCAAGGUUCGUUCAACUGCCAAACUCUGUGUUUUUGUACAUUUCUACUUUUGAUUGGAACUCUUGAUUCAGUCAGCCAGCUCAACUGUCCAGUGAUCUGAAAAGGUAUUAACUGGUUAAACCUGGACUAGGUGUUAAACCGAGGAAUGUCCAGGCCAAUUUCUCAGCUAUUGCCACCUGACCUUCCAGCAGGGACCAGUCCACAGCUCGGUCCUGCUAACCCUACAGGUACCACCACCAAUGGCCACCUGAAUAAUUCCAUGGCCAGUCUGAAAUCCCUUCUUCAACUGCCUAUUAAAGGGGACCAGAGAGGGAAAGACUGCUGUGCUGAGAUGAAAGAUAAAGACAAACCUCCGGACUCUGAUGAGGAUUCAUUGGGUGGAGUUGGGGGCAUGAACGGUGGGAACGGCACCCUGCGUUCCACUAACCAGUCCGCCUUCCUCGGCCCAUUGUUAUGGGAACGUUCGCUGCCGUGUGACGGCGGCCUGUUCCAGCUACAGUACAUGGACCUGGAGGAGUUCUUGACAGAGAAUGGGAUGGGGUGCAUGCCGUCAGGAAACACCUGCAGUACAGCCGCUCAGGUCCCUUCCCAGAGCACGCAAUCGGCCGUACCCAGCCAGAGUUCCCAGUGCCCACCUUCUUCCUCUCCGCCCUGCUCUUCCUCCGCCUCCUCCAUCUCUUCCCUCUCCUCAUCGUCUUCAUCAUCCUCUUUACUGGGUCUGGCCGUGCCACAGGGCCCUGGACUGCUGGGAGGUCCGGAGUGUCUGCAUGGGGCUCAAACUGUACCACCUGACCCUUCUCCGAGCCCCUCCUGCCCACCUCCGCCGGUGGUGCCGCCCACCAAUGUGGCUGAUGUCAUGGUGAACUUUGAUCCCGACCCCGCUGACCUCGCCCUGUCCAGUGUGCCAGGCCAGGAGGCGUUCGACCCGCGCAGGCAUCGCUUCACCGAGGAUGAGCUGAAGCCCCAGCCCAUGAUCAAGAAGGCCCGCAAAAUGCUGGUGCCAGAUGAACAGAAGGAUGACAAGUACUGGAGCCGACGCUUCAAAAACAACGAAGCAGCAAAGCGUUCUCGCGAUGCCCGCCGAUUGAAGGAGAACCAGAUUUCAGUCCGAGCGGCGUUCCUGGAACGGGAGAACGCCGCCCUUCGCCAGGAGGUCGCCGAUAUGCGAAAAGAGCUGGGCCGCUGUCGCAACAUCAUCAGCAAAUACGAUAGCCACCACGGAGACUUAUGAAGAAGAGAAAGGAAGAACAGAAGGAAGAGAAAGACACAAUUACUGAUUUUGAAAUAGCGUUUCAAGGGCUGUUCAACUCAUCCUGGAAUGGCAUUUUCUCGUAGUGUUUGCUUCAAAUAAGCAUUACGAUACUCUGUUCACUGAUUUACAUUUUUUUCCGUACGUGCAGGGAUCGGUUGAAUUAGCUGGUGUGGUG